GUUCUUGUAAAGUGUUCAUUCCAACACGAUUUUCCUGAAAAAAUAAAUCAUCAAUAUGACUAGUUCCAAAUCUGUUGUUAUGAUCGUCUUUUGCGGACUCUUCGCAAUCGCCAUAGCUCAUCCACUAUUGGAAGGGGCAGCGCCAUAUAAUGACGAAGCCGCGGUUUAUCUUGUCGCUAACCAAAACUGGCUGGCGGACGAGCCUACGGAGCUGCUAGUGCGUCAUGCGCGUUCACCGUCUUCUUCCGAGGAAUCUGCAAACGAAGACAAAGGCAGGGGCAGAGUUGAACUAAAAUACGAGGAAACGGAGCGAGGACGAGAGGGCAGCUUGAAAUACAAUCACAAUUUGUUGAAAAGCGACGACGACAGUUACAGCAUCGACGCCUAUGCGCAGGGCAGACGUAAUUAUGAUUGGAAUCAAAACGAUUUCCAAGGUGGACUCGAAGGUCGCUGGAAUUUCAAGGGUUAAUGCGGUCGUUUAUUAAGAAAUUUAAAUAGUACGAUGUACGAUGCAAAAAUAAAUAUUUAGCAACAAGUCAUUGCAAUUUUA